AUGUCGGUCAACAUUCUACAAGACGGUCCUCUUCCCGGAGAGCCGCCCAAGGGUCUCGCUGAGGAAUCCCACACCUCCACAGACAACCUGUGGAGCGAAUUUAACAACUUCCGAGCAGAUCCCGUGUUCUUCUUCCGCGAUCUAGGCCGACAUGCUCGAAGUAAGGAAUGGCGAGCCUACGACGACUACAUUGGCCAGCCUCUGUUCUAUGAAGGUCACGUGGAGGAGAUCGCCGACGCCACGCUCAACAACAAGGCUGUGACUAACCGAAUCGAACAGCUGGCUGACUUGCGAGUGGCCAAGGAAGCAGAGGACCGCAACAUGAGCGAGUCGGACAAGAAGGCCCGAAAGGCCGAGCUCGAGAAGCAGCUGCAGACCGUGGCCCGACAGAACUUUGAGGCCAUGACCUGCCGGUUCGAGCACAAGUCGGUUGUCAAGACGGUCUACUACCUGACCAAGCAGAUUUUCGGCCGAACCUACCACCAGGGUCUCCACGUCAACCUGCAGGAGAUUGAGAUGCUCAAGGCCAGGCAGCGGGUUCUGCAGGAGAAGAAGGAGUCCAUUUUCUUCAUGCCCUGCCACAAGUCCCAUCUGGACUACAUUGCUCUGCAGGCUCUGUGUUUCCGAGUCGGAAUCUCCAUGCCAAUUAUUGUCGCUGGAGACAAUCUUAACUUUACCGGCGUGGGUCCCAUUCUGCGAAACCUCGGCGCCUUUUUCAUCCGACGGUCCUUCAACGACGACAAGCUGUAUGGCUCUGUCAUCCAAGCUUAUAUCACCACCCUGCUCCAGAAGGGUUACAACAUGGAGUGCUUCAUCGAGGGUACCCGAAGUCGAACCGGAAAGCUUCUGCCUCCCAAGUUUGGUAUCAUCAAAUAUGUGCUUGACGCCAUUCUGUCGGGAGCAGUCUCCGAUACUUGGAUCUGUCCUGUUUCUACCCAGUACGAUAAGGUGGUCGAGACUGAGUCUUACGUUCGAGAGCUGCUUGGAAAGGAGAAGGAGAAGGAGAAUCUGUUUGCGUUCCUUUCCGCGGGCUCCAUUGUCAACCUCAAGCUUGGACGAAUCGAUGUCCGAUUUGCUGAGCCCUGGUCUGUCAAGGAGUUUGCCUUUGAUAUGAUCAACAAGGAGUGUGUUCGAGUGGGUGUCCAGGCCUCCACCGUGGACGCAAAGAACCUGCCUGCUCCCAUCCACCAGCGAAUCCUCCGAUCCGUUGGAUACAAGGUUCUUAACGAUAUCAACAAGGUGGCCAUCAUUAUGCCCACUUCUCUGAUUGGUACCGUGCUGCUAACCCUCAAGGGAUCUGGUAUCUCUCGAGGCGACCUGAUUCGACGUGUCGAUUGGCUCAUCAAGACCAUCAAGCUCCAGGGAGGCCGAGUUGGUUCGUUCGGAGCCAAGACUGAAGACAUUGUCGAUAACGGCCUGACCGUGCUGGGCCCCCAGCUUGUGUCUGUCGAGUCCAAGGGUCUCAUUGAGCCCAUUUACUCCGCCAAGGAUACCUUCCAGCUGUCUUACUACAGAAACCAGGUCAUUCAUCUGUUUGUUUCUGAUGCUAUUGUCGCUGUGGCUCUGCAUUCGCUCAUCAAGCGAUACCAGAACGGUAAGGUUCUGCCCCGUGUCAACAUCUCCGAUCUCAUUGUUCAAGUGCAGUUCCUGUCAAAGCUGUUCUCUGGAGAGUUCGUCUAUGGCAUUGAUGGUAUUCAGACCAACCUGGAACACACCCUGGCUUCUCUGCAGCAGAUGGGUGUCAUCGAGUGCUCCCCCGACCUCAAUGUUGAGCAGGGAGUCGGUCAUAUCACCAUCACCCUCGAGGAGAUUGACCGAGACCGACAGACUCUGGAGUUCUUCGGUUUCCUUCUCUGGCCUUUUGCUGAUGGUUACUGGCUGGCUGCUCUGGCCAUGUUUGCCCUGGUGCCCACCGAGGCCGACUACGAGGAGCGGGCCAAGUACCUGCUCACCGUUCCUGACUCGGCUCGAAUUACAGCCACUAAGGACCCUCUGACUCUGUGGGUGCAAGAAAAGGAGCUUAUUAACCAGGCCCAGGUGCUUGGUAAGUCUCUGUACCACCAGGGCCAGAUUAACUACUAUGAGUCUGUCAAUAAGGAGAUGCUGAAGGAUGCUCUGACCCAGUUUGUUGCUGAGGGUAUCUUGCUUGCUCGGCGAUCGUCUUCUGGUCGAUCGCCUCUCCUGGUGGCCAUUAAUCCCGACUGGCUGCCCUCUCGAGCUGUUCGAAAGCUCGACGCCUUUAACAGACUGAACACUGGUCUGGACACCUCCACCAAUGUGGUCCAGAUUGGAGAGAUCACUCCCGCUGGUAAGCUGUAUGACUUCUUGGAGGCCAUUUCGUACGGUCGACGAAAGGUGUCCCAGCGAAACAUUACCGAUAUGCGAGUUAUUCGAAUGGCUGACGAUCUUGCCCAGAAGUUUACCACUCGACAGCUCAUGUCUAUCGACGAGGCCUCGCGGCCAUUGGACGAUGCUCUUGUCAAGGUCUCUGGCGGUAAGGGCAAAAAGCGAGGCGGUAAGAAGAAUUCCAAGAUUUAG